AUAAAUUGGUAAACCAAUGAGAAACGCGUUCACGAUAAAUGAAAGAUUUGAUCAAAAGCCGGACAGCUAAAAUCUACAACUAUGAUCUCGUGUGAAUAUGACAAAGCCGGCCAAAUAUAACACACUGGAGUGUACCGCCAGUUGCCAUUUUUUACUACAAGCCCUAAAUUAAUUCAUACCGAUACGGAGUUCGCCCAUAUAGUUUUUAUAUUUGCCGUGUUUCAUUACAAAAAAAACCAAUAUAAGCCCGAUAGUUGACUCGUUACGGCAUCGCAAGAUUUUCAAAAACGGUGUGUAACUUACACACUGAGAUAGAAUGUACCAGUUCGACUCUGCAUACGAUCAGGAGGUUCCACACAUGUACCCGAAGCUCUCUUCAAGACCCACUCACGUCGAACGAAAAUCUUGUAGUCCCGUUGAGCGUAUUCGCGGACAGGGUGAAAAUUUGUCUCUAGACUCGCAAGAAUUAUUUCAAGAUUUGUGCCAAAUGCAAGAACACUGGAUGAUUGAAGCCCGGCCAUACCAGCCAAGUACGACAGACGAGCAAUUUGUCCCAGAAAUCGAAGGGAACUCGACUUCUUCGAAAGAAGGCUGCUAUGCCACACACAUUAAAGCAGAGCCGAGGGAGCGCGCCUGUCAACAGACUGAACACUAUCGCCGAGGAACACUCAAGAACACAAAUAAGAUGGACAAGGCCAGCGACAACUCUUCCUACAUGAGAAUGAUCAGUGAAAGCCAUGCUUCAAGCAGUUCCCCUUUAGUAUACACCUGCUCAGCUCAGCCAUCGGGUUUUCACUGUAUGAAGGGCUACAGACAGUUAGCGUACGACAGCACGCCUUUCGAUUCAUCGCAAGCUCCUAGCUAUCCUUCCAUCAAGCAGGAACCUAUCGAUUACACGACAUGCGAGAAUCCCUACGACCAAGAACGUUUACAAAGUCUCGCGUCGUUUCAUCAUCAGGUGCAUCAACAGGCCGAGUGUUAUGGCCUCCAAACAUCUUCAACAGAGGCUGCAGUUUAUGAUCCAAGUGUUCAUUCCUUUUACGACGAACCUUUGCCGUACGCAGAGAGAUAUCAUAAAUACACCGACUUCAAAGAACACAAGCCAACUUAUAGGGACGGUCCUGAGUUUAAAGUUCCGAACGGUGUCACAUAUCCAGAACCCAGGGCCUUCCAAAGACGGGGUUCAUUGCAACUGUGGCAGUUCCUUGUGGCUCUUUUGGACGAGCCUGAAUGUUCCUCGUUUAUCGCUUGGACGGGGCGUGGCAUGGAGUUCAAACUCAUUGACCCUGAAGAAGUAGCUCGUCGAUGGGGAAUUCAGAAAAACCGUCCUGCCAUGAACUACGACAAACUGAGCCGUUCUCUUCGUUAUUACUACGAGAAAGGAAUUAUGCAGAAAGUAGCUGGCGAACGUUAUGUCUACAAAUUUGUGUGCAGUCCUGAGGCCCUCUUCAGCAUGGCAUUUCCUGAUUCACAGAAACCUUACAUCAAGCCAGAGUGUCGGGAGCCAAAGCCUGUGAGCCCGCACGCACCUCAGCAGCUUCUUCCUAUGCCAAAAGAAUCAUAUCCCAAGCCACCCUUUCCUCAACAGCACUUUGUCAACCCCUCAGCCAGUUGUUAUCAAGCAGAGUGGGACCUGGACACUACAUGUGUAUACUAGGCUUAUGAGCUUCAAACAAACAAAAAAACAAUGAUAACGAAGCAGCUGUAAGUUUUGCAAUGAAAAGUUAAAUAUUGUAUCAUGACAAAAAUCAUACUUUGCAGAAUGAUUUGGCAAUGCAGUGAUAUGGAAUAUCACGUAGCUUUUCGAAUGAUUCCUUCGCAUAUUUUAUGACUCCUUCUGGCCAAUAUAAUUUGAGCCUAUUCUUAUACAUGACCAGCAAGGAAUAAUCGAAGAAAAGAAAAAUUGACCUUGAACCGCCGCUGCUAUUGUUAUUGACGAAAAUCCAGGAUCGAAAAAGGAAUGCCAUGGGCUAUACGCACCACGUGAUAUUUUGUAUGCAAAGCCGGCCGGCCUUUGUAAAGUUAGAGUGUCAAUAAAAACCAAAUAUAUGAAAAUAUGUGGAUACGAUCUAUUCCAGCGUAAGAUUGUUGGAGUACUCGUGUUUUGUCUAUAGAUGUAAGAAAAAACAUUAUAUCAAUAACAUUAUUGUUUAUAAGAUGUAAAAUACAUUUUGACUGAAUAUCUAUGAAAUUAAAUUUGUAAUAUUUCUGAGGCAACUUGAGAGCUCAAUAAAAAGAUGACAAAAUGAAAAA